AUGCAUCCCGACUUAUCUCCACACCUGCACACUGAAGAGUGCAACAUCUUGAUAAACUUGCUUAAGGAAUGUCACAAAAAUCACAGCUUUCUGAAAUUUUUUGGUCACUGCAAUGAUCUUGAUCGAGAGAUGAGAAGAUGCUUGAAGAAAGAGCACAUGGAAAAGAGGAUCAAGAGCAGGGAGCAUGGUAAUGUGAUGCGAAAGAGACUAUUUAAUUCUCCAGAGGAUUCUGAAAAAUGA